UCACAUUUGUAUUUGUGUGAACGCGUGGCUGUGUGUGAGAGUUGAAGGGGUUGGAUGACUUUUUAUUGACAUGAAAACAAGCUCACAUGCGUGGCUGAGUUACUGAUUACAGGUGAUGUUCACUUGUAAUUUGUUAAAGAUAAGAUUCCCGUUUUCAGCACAAAGUCCUGCGCAAAGGCACAACCAGCCUUCCACUGCCAUCCCUCAGAGGACCACUGCUGGUUGUCAGGUCUUGUGUUAUUCCAUUUUCUUCUUUCCUGGAUUUCUCUGACGCACGGCAGCAUCAUGAGCGUAGAAUCCAAGAAAACACGUGAGGCAUGCUGUUCCAAGCUUAAGCUCUUCCUGGCCUCCCUGGCAUUUGUAUAUUUUGCCAAAGCCUUUGCUGGAGCUUACAUGAAGAGCUCCAUCACACAGAUUGAAAGACGGUUUGAUAUCCCAAGCUCCCUGAUUGGUGUUAUAGAUGGAAGCUUCGAAAUGGGCAACCUGCUCGUAAUCGCCUUUGUGAGCUACUUUGGUGCCAAGCUCCAUCGUCCCAGACUGAUUGGAAUUGGUUGUCUGAUCAUGGCUGCGGGAUCCUUCCUUGUAGCCCUGCCUCACUUCUUCCAGGGACUGUAUAAAUAUGAGACCAGUAUGUCUCACAAAGCUGUUGUCAACAGCACUGAGACCAUCCUGCCCUGUCUGUCCAACCACAGCAUGACUGAUGCAGAUGACACACUUGACGCAGAGACCAAAUUAGAGUGUGAAAAGGCUGCUGGUUCACCCAUGUGGAUCUAUGUAUUCUUGGGAAACAUACUGCGAGGAAUUGGAGAGACUCCCGUCAUGCCCCUGGGAAUUUCCUAUCUGGAUGACUUCUCCAGAGAAGAGAACACCCCUUUUUAUUUGGCUUGCAUCCAUACAGUAGGAAUCUUGGGACCUAUGUUUGGCUUCAUGCUUGGGUCCUUCCUUUCCAAGAUUUAUGUGGACACUGGAUUUGUGGAUUUAGACACCAUCACCAUCACCUAUAAGGACUCCCGCUGGGUGGGAGCCUGGUGGCUGGGCUUCAUAGUGACUGGCACAGUGGUUCUACUGUCUAGUAUCCCAUUUUUUUUCCUUCCAAAGUCUUUACCCAAGCAAGGGCAAGAGCAAGAACAAAUUCAAAGCAAAAGCACAGAGCUUGUAACAAAGACAGAGCAGGAACAAUUCCUGCCAGAGGAAACCCAGGAGAAACCUGUCAAAUUUCAGGAAAUGGCUAAAGAUUUCAUGCCAUCUCUGAAGCGACUCUUCAGAAACAGAAUCUACUCGCUGAUUAUCCUUACCUCCCUCGUGGCUGUCAACGGCUUCAUUGGCCUGAUCACCUUCAAGCCAAAGUACAUAGAGCAAGUCUACGGCCAGUCAGCCACCAAAGCCAUUUUCCUCAUAGGUAUAUUGAACCUGCCAGCGGUAGCUCUGGGUUUCAUCACUGGAGGUUUUGUGCUGAAGCGUUUCAAGUUGGGUAUCGUCGGAGCAGCCAGGGUGUCAAUUAGUGCUUCUAUGGGGUCGUUUUGCCUGCUUGCCAUUCAGAUUUUCAGCCAGUGUGACAAUGCAGAGGUGGCCGGUCUCACCAUGUCAUAUCAGAGAGUCCCUCAAGUGUCCUACAACCCACAGACUUUGCUGUCACAGUGCAAUGGGCAUUGCUUCUGCUCAGUGAAGCACUGGGACCCGGUCUGUGCAUACAACGGCAUGACUUAUGCCUCACCCUGCCUGGCCGGCUGCCAGACCUCCACCGGAAUGGGCAAAGAAAUGGUGUUUCAUAACUGCACCUGCAUUAAUGACGCAGGACCAGCCGCAAACGCAUCUGCAGUGCUGGGCCAGUGUCCCAGGAAGGAUGAUUGUGACUUAAAAUUUAAAAUCUACAUGGCAUUGUCUGUAAUUGGGUCCUUCAUUUCUGCCUGUGGAGGAACGCCAGGAUACAUUGUUCUGUUAAGGUCUAUACAACCAGACUUGAAGUCACUGGCUUUGGGUAUGCAGACACUGAUCGUAAGAACUCUGGGUGGCAUCCCUCCACCUAUAUAUUUUGGAGCACUGAUUGACCGAACCUGUUUGAAGUGGGGUACAAAGCAUUGCGGUGGCCGUGGAGCAUGCAGACUCUAUAAUGCAAAUGCGUUUAGAGUUACAUACCUAGGAAUGAUUACUGGACUCUACUUCUUGGCCAACACACUGUGGUGCUACCUCUACUACAGCAUCGUCAAGCGACAGAAGAAAAUAGCACUGAAGAAUCAGUCUAAAGAAAAUGGACAGGAGAGUAAUGCAGUGACCAAUGGACAUGCCAAUAUCAACAUUGCAGACGUAGAAGACAUGGGCAUGGAGUGCACUAUUUAAUGUGUUUUAGGAAGGCCACACUAUUGUUAAAGACAAGUGAAUGCCUGCAUAUUGUGCUGCAUCCAUACUGGACCAAAUAAUGGUAAUUCUACACAUCAUUACUUUUCGAAAUUAAGCAAUAAAACUCGUUCUUUCAGAGUUAAAACUAGAACAGAUUGUAUGUUCAAGGUCAAAGAUCUACGCUAAAAUGUAACAAAGCUUAAUAAAACUAAAAUGACAUAUUUUAUACAGUACAUGAACAUGCAGUCAAGAAAACAGAGCAGGGACACAUGCUUUUCUUAAUAUGUGUCAGCAACACACCUGAGCAGAAACACACAGUUCAUGUAUGCUGAGACAAAGUAAGAAGAAAAUGUGUCAGAUUUUCUAAACAAGCUUUGUCUCCCUUCCUCUGUUUAAACUCAAACAGCAUUAGGUCAGGUAAAGCUAACAAUGUCUUAGCCUACAAGCUUAUUUUAACAGUGAUUUUGUGGAGUAAUAGUUUGACAGACUUGUAUAUACCAUAUGUACCGCAUACUGUUUGUGGUAGCAUAACCUGGUAACAUUUUUUUAUUAGCUAAUUUCAUAAAUAUACAAUAUAAAGUUUUGGGGGAAUAAGCUUAUGUGCAGUUUUCUAAAAAUCAAUACCACUCCUUUGUCUAUGUGAAGUCUCUUACCUUAGUAUAACACAAAGAGUAGAAACAUGGAAAAAUAGGUAGCCGUCUAAAGGUAACAAACACCUCUAGCAUCUCUAAAUCUCACAUCUGCUCAAGCCAUGUAGAAUAGAAACUCCAGAAGUCACAGGGAGUAAGCUGUGCUACAGUAUUUCCUAGCUAGCACCAGUGACUUUGAUUUACAACUACGAAAAGACAAACAGCAUAUCGCUAACUUUGUCUUAUAGAUACUUGAUGUUACAGCUAGCCUUGCUAACAUUAAGUUUUAGGAAAUAUUCUAAGUCCGGUUCUUACUAAGUUAGAGAAUGGACUUAGCAUAUUUCCUAAAUUGUGAAAUUAGUGCAGUAAAAUAUUAUUUUAUUAAGUUUAUAAGUUUAUUUGUACCAAGUUACAGUAGAUGUGACAGACAUUUACAUGUUGUCAAAUAAACAUACAGAAUAGGAUCUAAGUUUCCUCUGAAAAUGUGAAUUCAUUGUUUCAACAUCCUUCCUGAAGUAUGCAUAAUUGAGCUGCUUUAUAUACGUGCUAAUCAAACUGAUUGUGAAGGCUCAUUAGCCAUUCAGAGACUGUUCUGCACCAGCUCCAGACAAGCUUAUCAGCCAUGUUUCCAGUUUAAUACCUCACAAACUUUGACAGACAUUUUUUAAUGCACAUGCAUUUUGAGCAGUGAAGGAAAGGAAGAUGAGGGGGCCAUUGAAAGUAAGUUUCAUUUAACAGCUUGAGGUAACCUUUAUUCUGAAGCGGUAGCCUUCAGAAUACAGGUUCAGACAAUGUGAUGUAACCUACACACAAAUCCAAAGGUCAUGAGAGUUCACAGAAUCCUCGACUCACCAGUGUUUGCUUGGGAAAAGUUCACAAUGGUUGAGGCAGUGGACUAA